AUGGGACUGAGGGACUGCGGGGUGGAAAAAAUUGAAACUCCGCCGGGUACAGAUUUCUCUGCCUUUAUCUUGUCCCAGGCACAUCGCAUCGGCAAGCACCCAGGCACACUCGCGCACAUGCGAGACGCACGUCGUGCUCGAUGGCUACGGGGCCGGGACAGUCCGGGGAGCGGUGGCGGAGCUGCGGAGAGGCACCUUGCGCGGGUGGUCCCGGCUCCGCCCGGCGGUGAGGGCACGGCCGGGGCCGGCGCUACCCGAGCGGAGCGGAGCCGCAGGAAGCGGGCGUCCGAGGGGGCUGGCACGGCCCCGCCCGGCCCAGACCGAGCCCGCAGCAGCCGCCCGGGGAGAGCGGCGGCAGCCCACUAUGUCGCUGCCGGCGGGGACGCCGGAGUCCCGCGGCGCCCCGCACAGCUUCGCCCCGCUACCCCGGCCAGCUCAGGGCCGCCGGGGGCCGCCGCUCUCUCGCCGCCGCCGCUCCGCCCAGACGAGCUGCAGCGCGGUCGCCCAUGCCCAUGCCCAUGCCCAUGCCCAUGCCCAUGCCCAUGCCCCCCGGGCACGCUGCCCGCCAUCUCGCUGCUCGGGCUGGCGCUGCUGCAGGUCGGCCUGGCCAACGCCCUGGUGGCGCUGAGCGCGGUGGUGCGGCUCAGCAGAGCCGGGCAGAUGAAGAACGCGUGCUCCACCUGGGCCGGCUCCUCGGCAAUGUUAUGUGGAAUCUUAGGGUUGACAACAUGGAAGACAACAGUGAUGAUUUUGAAUAAACUGCUUAUUCUGCUGUCUAUCACCUGUGUUCUGCUGAGCUUGGCUGGACUUAUAUUAGGAUGUCAAGACAUUGAGUUUUUGUCCAGAGUACCCAGAUGCAACUUGGUGAGCACACAUACUGAUUUACACCUAUUUCUUCUCAUUAUGGGAGGAGUUUUGGGGGAUUGCUGGCACUCCUCGGAAGGGAGAAGUCAGUUUUCGCUGAGCUCUCGCUCUGGGACGGAGACAGGGGUCUUCUGUGCGUGCUUUUGGAGAGAAGGCCUGGAGGCCAGUCUUUCUGGCUUCCCGCCCUGGUCAGCCCUGACUGCUGGCCUCGACUUGCGGGCAGGCUGUCUUUGUCUCCAGCCCGGACCUGCUGCGUUCUCAUCAGAGAGUUUUUGUGCUCACUGGGAGAAGAAAGGAGGAGCCUUGGGACACUGUCAUCUGAGGACAACAAUGGAUAAGGAAAACAAGACUUGUUUCUGCUGUGAAGAAAUUAAUCUCACUAAAUGCACAGAAGUAGAGACUGUACUGAAGGCAUACUAUGUGAAGUCAUGCAGUUCUGCUCACCUUCUUCUCAAGAAAGUUUUCUUAGGUCUUUGUGCCCUGAAUGCUCUCACCACUACAGUUUGCUUGACAGCAGUUGCCCUGCGUUUCUGGCAGAUAUUUGAAUCAAGAAGAUCCUGCCUAGGUGAACUUCAGAUUGAAGACCAAGAUGACAGUUUGGAUCCUGAUGGUUUUGUCCCACUGGUGCCGCCUCCCUCCUAUUUUGCAGCUUGUAAUUCUGGUCCUCCCCAAACAAGUCACAGGACACUUGGGCUUUCAUUGCCCCAUGCUUAUGCAACGUGAAUCAAUGGUGCUGAAGUGUUCUUCCGUCUGAAACCACCUCCUCCUUAUGAAGAUGUGCAGAGCUCGAACACCUCUGAGCAGGGAGGUGCACUACAAAUAAAUGUAAUGAACUGUGUUGAUUUGGUGGAAGUGAGUGAAGGGCAGGACUCUCAAGCUGAAGAAAUCUGCGAGUCUUCCAGCAGAGCAAGCCUUUCUCCUUCAAAUGCGAGCUGCAGGCCUGAAAGAGUGAACAGGAGAGCCCUCAGUUCCUUGCAGAAACAAUCUAAAAGUGACUUUGUGCUUCUGCACUGCCACUCGCCCCAAGAUGACUUGAUUAUCUGUGGUUAUGUAAUGACCACGUGGAGUGUUUUCUUUGCUUCAUCUUUGUCUUCAGGGACAGUGCUCAAAUGUGAAACUGCAACACACAGCAAUGUAAAACAACUCCAUGCUGUCAUCUAGCAGAAGAGUUUAAGAGCAAGAGAUUUGAGAGGAAGACCCCAAUAUCUGAUAGACUAUAAGUCUUACACAGACAUUAAAUAGCUUGUGGCAUGGAUCAUAGAACAGUCCUCCUGCAGCAUGAGCCCUGACAUACAUGAGUUGGUGGAAAAUACCAAGUGUGUUUUAAAAUCAGAUGCGAAACAUAUGGCAGAAGCUAUCACCAAUGCCACUUUGCUUGAGUAGGUAGUUUUAUUACUUGUAUUUAUCAGGUGCUGUGGAAACCCGCAGCCUUCAUUUGGAAGUAUAUGCUUAUGUUCACCACUCUGCAUGUCAAAGUUUUUGCACUAAAUUAGCUUCCUUCAGUACUUUAGUUUCAUGUAGGGACUAUGCAAAAGGCUGCACAGCUGCAAGGUCUCUAUCAACCACACAGAGAGGAAGGUUAUCAGAAGACUGAACAUCUGUGUAUUCAAAAACUGAACAAGUCAGUCUUCUGUGGUGGAAUCAUGAACUGUGAAUAACGUGACAGUGUUUUAUGCUGGGCGUGCAAGGGGAGAGGGAGGAGAUGUUAUAAAUAAGCAUUUGCUAUUACAAACAGGAAGGAAUGGAGGCUGACAAGGAAAUUUUUAUGUAAACCCACUACAAGCAACUUCUUUGUGAUUGGCUCCCAAGAUAAAAAUAAGAUCUUGUGCUAAAGAAAGAAAAGCAGAAAAUAGAAAACAUGUGCUUACAUUAUUGGAAUGAAUAUUCAGAAGUUUCAGACAUUUCAGACUUCAUCAAAUGUAUGUUUGGGUAGCUUACAGACCAUUUGGAUAGAUGAAUUGAUUCAUGCAUGGUACUGGUGAUUUGCUGACUAGUUUUGAUUUUGGUUCUCAUGCAAAACACAUCAGAGUGUCAUUUAGGCUCUGCAGAAAAAGUGAGAUUUCUGACUGCAGCCUUCAGGCAACAAAAGCCUCAACAAAUUUGACAGAAACAGCUAGGGAAAAAAAAUUCCUUAUGAGAACAUAAUUUAUCACACUAGCCUGAAGGUUAUUACAGUUCAAUGGCUUCUGCAGGAAGCAACAUUCAGAUUCCUUUUAACCAAUAUAGGACAUGUCAUAGGUUGGGGUGAGGUAAUUUCUGUGCACCUCUAAGGGGGAAAACCAAAACCAAACCAACAAAACAAAAACCCCACAAACAACAACAUGAAAAAUUACCCCACUACUUUUCCAAAUUGGAAUUGCUUUUGCCAUGCCUCCUUGGCAAGUACCUGGGAUUUUACAGCUUUUUAAAUUAUUCUUUAAACAGACAGCACUACAACUAGCUUCUUCCUAGUUGGGUAAGAAACUAUUAUAAUGGAACAAGAACCUGAUUUACGAAC